UCUCUUUGAGUACGGUCUAACCGAUCCACCUGGUAAAGCCACCUGUUGCGAGGUUUCGAAGGCUGUUCUAAGUAGCAAGUGUGUGGAUCGCGUAGCUGGUAUUGAUGAUAUGCUUAUAAUGGAAAUGCAGACGUCGUCUCAUCUGAGCCACGGCCUAACUACACAAUCGCCGGUUUUAGUGCACCAUCAGCAUCAUCUUACUCAUCAAUCCCAGCCCCACUCAGCACUGCAUUUGCAUCGACAUCAAAUGAUGCAGCAGCAGCAGCACGAACUCUCGCAGCAGAUUAAUACAACAUCUACAACAUUACCUGCAAUACCAAUACCACAAAUUGAAAGCACAACAGCAGGUGAGGACAACAUUGGCACUCAUUCACUGCACCAUCAUCAUCAACACGUGAAUAACCUAGUCUAUAGCAACUCAGACUCAACCCAAAUCGAUAAUAAAUCGAAAGUUAAAUUUGACGUUUACUCAAUUGCUUCACCGUCAAUACAAGAGGCAUCAAAUCCAGUAGGAAGUGCAUUCCUAGGUCAAUCACAAGGCACUGUAGAAUGGAUUACAUCGCUGAAUGAUACCCAAAACAAUACGGAAGACUCUCAUAGUUCACAAGGCAGUAUCUCCGGAGAUGGUCACGGUGGAGUUAAUCAGCUGGGAGGUGUUUUUGUUAAUGGUCGACCUUUACCCGAUGUUGUUCGCCAAAGAAUUGUAGAACUGGCCCACAACGGAGUGCGACCCUGUGACAUAUCUCGCCAGUUGAGAGUAAGCCAUGGAUGCGUAUCUAAAAUUUUAUCAAGAUAUUAUGAAACUGGAAGCUUUAAAGCCGGAGUCAUUGGGGGUUCCAAGCCAAAAGUAGCCACCCCUCCAGUAGUCGAUGCGAUAGCCAACUAUAAGCGAGAAAAUCCAACAAUGUUCGCUUGGGAGAUUCGUGAUCGAUUGCUCGCUGAAGGAAUAUGUUCGCAGGACAACGUUCCAAGUGUUUCUUCUAUUAACAGGAUCGUUCGAAACAAAGCUGCAGAAAAAGCAAAGCAUGUCCAUCACCACCAACAACAACAAAUGCCACAAAGUCUUGGCAGUAACCACAACGCGAGUGAAAGCCUCGACAGCAGCACAGAAGCGGCAAGUGAGCAGCAGGCGUCGCUGACAACUGGCGUCACAACUGCCCGCAGCAAUUCCAGUAUCAUCAUUAACAACAACAACAACAACAACAACAAUAACAACAAUAGUAAUAACAACAACAACAACAUUGCAGCAUCAGUUAUCGCUCAAACGACAUCUGCCACAGGUUCCAGUACGAUAUCAAUACCGGGCCCUGUCUCUAACCAAGAAAUAGUUAACAACAGCAGUCGGAAUUCCAAUGUAAAUACCUCCAAUUCCACGAGCGAACAAGUAGCCGAACAGCGCUCAUCUGGUUCCGGUUCCGGUUCUGGGUCUGUAUAUAGCAUAAAUGGCAUACUAGGUCUGCAGCAUGCACACCCUCUGCAAAGCGCCAAUAACAACAAUACCGUUAACAACAACGUAUCGGAUCCAAACGGCAAACGAAAAAGAAUCGAAGGACAUGAUGAAAAUCGGGAUGUAAAUAUGCAUGUUGAGGAGGAUGUGAAGCGGCAGAGGUUCGCUUACGGUGGAGACCAUAUAUAUCAAAACAUAUGGUCUGGCAAAUGGUGCAUCAAAGAUGAGCACAAAUUGCUCUCCGAACUGGGCAAUUUAACAACUAACAGCAGCAACGGCGUGCCUACUUAUUAUGAGGCGCCACCUAAUGCGUUUUCCUCCAACUCAAUCUCAUGUGCUAGUGCAAGCGUCGGGAGUACUAUUGGGAAUGAUUCUACAAUGUUAUAUGAUAGUAUUGCAACAAUAUCACAAAGCCAGAGUACUCUAUAUACGCCACCCAUCGGAUCCUCAAUUGGAAACAAUUCGUUGACGCCCCUAGUGCCUAUAAGUUUGCAAGAUAUGAAAUUUAGCACAAAUGUACAGGAACAGACCAUUCCUCCCUUCUAUACAGCAAUAGCCAUCGAAAAUGGUAGUUAUGCAACAAUAACAAACUUGGACAACGACAGAAACUCAACGAAUAUGGAAAUUAUUGAGUCAAGUGCUGCAAGUUGCAAUAAUUCGACAAUUGGAGUUGGAGUUGGAGUUGAAGUUGAGCCACGAAACGAUCAUCAAACAACAAAGGAGUCCGGCAGCGUAGAUUUGACGGGAGAGGAAAAGUGCAAUAAUAAGAGCCAACAUCGCAAUGACCUUGGAAAGCAUCCAGUGGCCAGUGGAAUAGGCCAUUCCGAACAUCAUGAUAUACCAAUAGCUCCUCUGAUGAAUAUCGAGAAUCAACAACUACAUCAACAUCAACAAGAAGGCACGAAUAUCAAUGUCCCACCUUCUUUAAUACUCCUACAGUCACAGUCACAGUGUAGCACUAACAGUUCUUCGACGGGCCAAAUACGAUCCGAGGCCGAAGUCGAGGCCAAUUCAAUAAGCAACAGCAAUAAUGCCUCGAUUUAUACGACGCCCACAUUGCUUCCCAGUUUUAGUCCCUACUCCGCAGCAUGCGGCCCAGUUGUGCCAAGUACAGAUUACACAUAUAAUCCUGCCUAUACACAAUAUGGUGGUGCUUAUGGUUCGUACAGUUAUGGCACUAGUAGUGGAUUAAUCAAUUCAUCAUAUUAUUACGAAUGUGGACAAAAUCAAGCGGGUCUCAAUCAAGAUUUACGCUCGCCUCUUGCGGCAACUAGAGCAAACUCGCUAGCUUCAGCCGCAUCGCCAACUGGCAGUGCAUGCACUAAGUCGGAGACAUCAGACUUAUUUCUUGUAUAGGCCGUGGAGAACUGCAACUAAUUCUACAAGUACAUCUACAUCAGGGAUAGCAGAUGUUUCACAAAGUUAUACGACACCUACACGCGGAGUGUUUUUUCGAUAUCUUUGAACCGAAAUUUUAAAUAUAGUAUUUAUUUUAAAAUUUCUACCCUCCGAUCUGAUCAAAUACAUUAUUAAUUGUUAUACAUCAUCAAUGAAUCAAUAUCACACAAAUACGAAAUCUCGACGAUUUUCUACGAACUGAACUCAUAACAAAAAUUCUCAUACAAUUAGUUACUUUGCAUUUAAUACAUUGAUUCAUCAUUGAUUAUUUAUGUACAUACAUAUAUAAAAACAUAGCACACUCAACAUCAAAAAACACACUCUAUCAUACUAAUAAUGAUUAUUAAAAUGAAUAAUGUAUUAUUACAAAUAUUUUAAGAAGGGUAUGAAAAGAUAGAAAUACAACAAAUAUACCAAAAAGUCCACUAAAGAUACUUUUAACUAAAAUCACAAAAACAAAAGUGAAAGUUUUCCUAAUCACAAAAGUAAUUGGGGAAUUAAUAAAAAUAAAAAUUUGUACAUAGUGAUACUGUAUGCAAAUUAGUACACUUAUGCUAAUUGUAUUUCUCUGUUAAGAUUAAAAAAGUAAUUUAUAACUAAAAUUUAAAUAAAAUUUAUUUAAUUAUACAUUUUGCGAUAUCCAUCUGAAAAUUUGCUUGAAUAUUUCAUUUACAUGGAGAAACAAAAAAAAACUCAUGAAUAAAUUGAACGCAAUAGAAAUAUCAACGAAAUUGUUUAGAAAACAAAUACAUUUCAAAUACUGAAUUUUUAUUAUUACUUAAUUGAAUUAUUUAUAUAUGGAUAAACUUAGAAAACUAUUUAUAUAUUUAUAUUUACUGAUGUAACAAUUUAAUAUAAAACUUCGCCUGUACAUCGAAUUUUAUGUAAUUCGAAUUCCAAUAACGUAUACUCGAUACUCGAUCAUGCAGCCGAUAAUCAAUAAGAAAGCAUAUACCAAAAUCUGUAUAAAUACUACAUAUUUCAUAAUUCGUAAAACCCACACAUGUAAACGAUUAUAUAAUAAAUGUA